UUUUUUUUUUAAACCUUCCUAUAGAGGUGUGAUCCAGAGAAAAGGACACAACUUGCUAAAGAUACCUAUCAGGUCAGUAGCAGAGCCAGGACUAGACCCACGUCCCCAGGUUCCUUCACGGAACUUCUGAGGAGGUGCCGGAUCUUAGCAGGAGUCUGCCAGACAUCUGCAGGGAAGAGGGCGGCGGGAAGAACAUUCGAGGCACUCUGUGCAAACCAGGGAGGCCUGAAGCGGCCCUGGGAUUCGGAAAUUACAAGUAAAGCUACCUGACUCCAGUGGCGUGCGGGGCUGUGGGGCGAGUUGAGCUGGGGAAGAGGAAGCACUCUGGAAGGCGGCAGGGUCAGGGUCGGCGGCAGGGUCAGGGUCAGCGCCCGCGCCCGUAAGAACUGCACUCUAGCGCGCUCUGGCUGGAGCACGACUGAUUGUCCUGGAAGCGGACGGGAAGGCUGCGACAAGGCAGGAAAACAGGGACAAGGGGAGACCACUACAAGGGAGUCGCGCAGAGCGGGCCACCCCUAAGUUUUACCUCUGCUAAUCGACAAGCAACAAAGGCCUUCCGCUCCUGCCGGAGCUCAAUAACGAGGCGUUCGACCGGCUGCGCAGCUCGGAGACCCGCCGCGCUCAGGAGAGCAGAUCAGUGACCAAACUCCCAGCCCGGCACUCCGCCCACUUAGGCCCGCCGCUCCCCGGUUCCGCCCCGCCCCGCCCCCCGCCUCCCUUUAGCCAAUGGCAGCCCUCGGCGCCUUUGCCUUCAGCCAGUAGUCGACGUGGCCUCGGACUCUGACGUCACGGAGUGGGGCCAAGGGUCACGCAAGAUGGCGGCGCCCAGGAGGCGCUGAGGCGUGGAGCUGAGAAUGGGGCUGGCGGCGCUGGCCGCCAGGGUUCGGCUGGGGUGGCGGCUUAGCGGGUCGGGACCGGAGCUGAGGCCGGGGCGAGGGCAUUGGACGGCGGCCGGGCGCUCGCGGAGCCCGCGCGAGGCAGACACGCCCGUGUUCCAAUAUGUGGGCGAGCGCGCGGCCCGUGCCGACCGCAUCUUCGUGUGGGGCUUCAGCUUCUCGGGGGCGCUGGGCGUGCCCACCUUCGUGCUGCCCGGCGCCGGGCCCGAGCCUCGCGCCGGCUCGCGGCCGCGACGCAGGAUCCAACCUGUGCCCUACCGCCUGGAGCUGGACCAGAAGAUUUCAUCUGCUGCCUGUGGCUAUGGAUUCACAUUGCUGUCCUCUAAAACCAAGGAUGUUACGAAAGUCUGGGGCAUGGGACUCAACAAAGAUUCCCAGCUUGGGUUUCACAGGAGCCGCAAGGAUACUACCAGGGGAUACGAGUAUGUGCUGGAGCCCUCGCCUGUGCCGCUGCCUCUGGACAGACCCCAGGACACGCAGGUGCUGCAGGUCUCGUGCGGCAGAGCCCAUUCCCUCAUCCUCACAGACCGCGAAGGAGUCUUCAGCAUGGGAAACAAUUCUUACGGGCAGUGUGGAAGAAACGUGGUCGAAGAUGAAAUUUACAGCGAAAGUCACAGAGUCACUAGACUGCAGGACUUCGAAGGUCAGGUGGUUCAGGUCGUCUGUGGCCAGGACCAUAGCCUGUUCCUAACAGAUAAAGGAGAGGUGUACUCGUGUGGCUGGGGUGCCGACGGGCAAACAGGUCUGGGUCACUACAAUAUCACCAGCGUACCCACCAAGCUGGGCGGAGACCUGGCCGGGGUGCACGUCGUCCAGCUUGCCACCUACGGUGACUGCUGCCUGGCCGUGUCUGCUGAGGGUGGCCUCUUCGGUUGGGGAAACUCCGAGUACCUGCAGCUGGCCUCUGUCACGGACUCCACGCAGGUGAACGUGCCCCGGUGCUUGCCCUUCUCAGGAGUGGGCAGGGUGAAGCAGGCCGCAUGCGGUGGCACAGGCUGUGCGGUGUUAAAUGGAGAAGGACAUGUUUUUGUCUGGGGCUACGGAAUUCUUGGGAAAGGACCAAACCUCGUGGAAACUGCAUUUCCAGAAAUGAUUCCACCCACCCUCUUUGGCCUGACGGAGUUCAACCCAGAAGUCCAAGUCUCCCUCAUCCGAUGCGGCCUCAGCCACUUUGCUGCCCUUACCAACAGAGGAGAGCUGUUUGUGUGGGGCAAGAACAUCCGAGGGUGCCUGGGCAUCGGUCGCCUGGAAGACCAGUAUUUCCCGUGGAGGGUGACGAUGCCCGGGGAGCCCGUGGAUGUGGCGUGUGGUGUGGAUCACAUGGUGACUCUGGCCAAGUCGUUCAUCUGAUGCUGCUUCCUGACCGGCUCGAGCCCGGACCUGGCCCCAGAGCCACUUGGACUGCUCAGCAGGGGGUCAGAGGGGAUCGGGGCCCUUCGUGGAGGGUGACACGCUCUCCCGGUGCCCUUAGCAGGAAUGUACUGGAAGAAGUCCCACGAUUCAGUCCCUCUGGCUGCGGGUGAGACCUGCCACGUUCACCAGGCCGCGCGGCCCUGGCAGGGCGAGGGUAAUCCACACGUCUCCGCUCUUUCCGGGGAACACACGACGGCUCCCGGGGUCAUCUCUGGCCGGAGAGGCGGGUCCGAGGAAAGCUUAGCUCCACGGCAUGUUUGAUCGUAAAGGGGGACCUGGGCCCCGGGAGGGCUUCUGUGACCCUCUGACCACGGCCGAGCUCACGGAUGGCAUGUGGACCCCAGCGUGAGCCCCGGCCUGACCGAGGGAGUCGGGCUGUGGCUUCAGCCAGUCACCCGGCUCUGCUGCCCCGCGGCUGGCUCGCGCUGGGACACGAGCUGCAGUCCCUUACGAGUACCGGUGGGCCCCAGGCGGCACGCACGGCCCACGGCCGUCAGGAGCCUCCUAACCAUUCUCCCCGCCUGGCUGGGGAAAGCUGAGGAGCCCCCGCAGGAGGAAGAGCGAGGCCCGAUUCUUGGGGCACUGAACACGCCCCGCCCGCGGAAGCCUGGCUGGAGGGCCAGCCCCGGGGAAGAGGCUCAGAAAGUGUGGAAAACAUUUGAGGAGUAACAUAACCUGUCCUCUUGCUUAAAACUUCUUUUAGAACUCUCUUUUGCAAUAAAGCCUAUUUUCUGUCUUUUUA